CAGCAUUGACUGUCACGUGAGCGUCAUCCGGAAGUAAAAGUGUCAACAGUUAGGAUGAUGCUUUUUUGAUACUAUUUCUCAAAAUACAGAAUUAAAAAACGGGGGAAAUGGCUUCUGUCUUAAAAGAAACACAAAGCAUUAAAGAGGCGGUGACCUUCAUCAACACGGUUGACUUGAAUAAGUUCUCCAAGCUCAUCUCGCGGAUCAUUCAAAAGCUUCAUUUGAAGGGGGAAAAACCAUUCAGUGAAGAAGAAGAAGAAAAAGUCCAGGUUGCUCUCUCAUUGGACAAACGGGGUCUGAAUUUAGUCCUGGAGACAACUGCUUUUGUACUUGAGCAGGCAGCUUACCAUAACAUAAAACCAGCAUCUCUGCAGCAGCAGCUGGAGGGGAUUCAUGUGAGCCCAGAAAAGGCUGAGGUGUUUGCGCAGGCUUGGGCCACAGCUGGACCUGACCUCCUGGAGAAGCUAAAACGUAACAUUUUUGCUCCUAAGAAGCUGGAUUAUGUUGGCUGGCAGUUGAACCUACAGAUGGCCCAGUCCAGCCAGGCCAGACUCAAGUCUCCCAGCGCUGUCCUUCAACUGGGGCUCCGCAGCGAAGACUCUGUGGCUCAGGAGAACGUCUUUGUUGAGUUUAACCACGACGAGCUGCUUAAGUUCUACAAGCAGCUUGAAAUGGUGCAAGGACAGUUGGAUUCCCUAACUUAAUGCCUGGUACUUUAUGUGCAAAAAAAAACUGUUAGCGUGACAGUGACUGCUCUUUCAGCAGAUAAAAAUUCAGAAACUCUUGUUUUUUUCUUUGAUUUAUUGAGUGAUGGGCCAAACAGGGAGUUAUUUCGGAGUUCUCUGCAGUCACCUAUAAGUUGUUAGUCAGUAAAUAAAAUGAGAUUUUAUGGUGGAAAGCAACUUUUCUUUACAUCAAUAUGAAUUUCCCUUAAACAAGCUUCUUAGUGGCAAUUUUCUAUAACCUGCUUUGAGUAUUGCUGGAUAUUUUUUAUGUAUUACUUACAAAAUGUGAUAUCAAAUAACAAACCAAUGUAUGCAACUUGAUACAGAACAAAGUUGUUAUGUAAUUUUGAAAAAAACAACAACAAUGCUAUUAAAUUUUUCAGUGAAAAUGAAA